AGUCUCCUGCUUCCUGCCACUAGGGGCUCCAUGAGCUCAUUGUCAUAUUUGAUCAUGUCAGGACCAUCUUGUCCGCACACAGCUCCUCGUUUCUCCGCGAAGUUUUUGGAGCCGGUUCCGGGUGAUGUUUACUUCCAAUAUGGCAGCAGCGGUGCGGUCUUCGGGUUUGCUGCGGCUCAUCACGAGGAAGCUCUGCCCGCUCAGGCAUCCCGGCACCGGGCCAUGGGGACGGACCGCAGCUUUGGUUUGGCACACGAAAUGGGACUGUGGCCAGACUCGAGCAAUGCACCGGUUGAAGUGCACCGCGAACCUGCGGACGCAGCAGCAGCGUGACACCGAGGGAGAGGAGCAAGAACUGGAGCGGUCAUCAGGAGUAGGGCCGGAUUUGCAGGCUCUACGACAAGAGUUUCCACAGCCAAAAGGCCUUCUGGCUCAGGUUAUGCAGCGAGCUCUAAAAGUUUCUGAUGUGAAGGAUCACAUUGUCUACAAAUCAUUCAAUGGACCUAUUAAAAAAACUCUCCUCUAUGUAUAUUGGCCAAGAAAACUGGUGGUAGAGGGUUUCGGUGCUAAGAAGAUUGAUGCAGAGAAACAUGCUGCAGCAGUAGCUUGUGGAAUAUUCAAGCAAUGGGGCCUUCUUGGGCCGAAAAACCAGCUCUUUCAAACUCAGGAGUACCAGCGGUUGGCUGCAAAGUUUGCUGAUGGGCAACCACGGAUGGGUCUGGUGGAGGAAAAUGAAGAGAUGGAUGAGUUUGUGGAAGAAGAGAUGAUGGACUGUACAGAUUUCCUCUCAAUCACAGAUAAAACAUCUUUGGACAAGCCUUUUCCAAGAGCAUUACAGGGUACCAUGACUGAUCACUCCAGUGCAAUGAUAGCUCUCACCCAGUUCCCUGAGCCAAAGAACCUCUUGUCCAAGGUUAUACAGAUAGCAACUACCUCCUCGUCUGUCACAGGUUAUCUGAAAUAUUCCACAGAAGGUAAUUCACUGAAGGUCUGUCGACUUGAGGUGCAGUGGCCAAGCCCAAUGACCUUCGUCGCAAGUGGUCGGCGGAAAACUGAGGCGGAAAGAAGAGCAGCAGCUCUAGCCUGUAAGAAGCUGAAGGAUUUGGGCUUGCUUAACCAAAAAAACCAUCCACUGACCCAUGCCAUGUACAACCUGGCGGCAAUAAAAGAAUUGAGUGAAAAGGAACGGAGACCAACCAGGCUAGAAAUCCCCAAGGAUCUCCAACAACGAAUCCAACAACAUCUGGACCAAUACACAGUGGAGACUCCACCUGACCUCAGUGAGCCCAAACUUAUCAACCCUGACCCAGAAAUUAUGGAUCCAACAUCAAAGUUUGGUUUGAUUAGUGAUGCCAUCACAGGAAAUGCCUACGUUCCAAUGUUACCUGAAGAGAUGGAACGCAUCAAUCAGAGAUUGCGCAGGCUAUGGCAGAGAUCCAAGCCGGGGAAGGUUAAGCCACUUCCUGUUGACUCUCACAAGGAAGCAAUCAUCUCUGCCAUUGAGGAAAACCGCAUUGUGGUCAUAGCUGGAGCAACUGGAUGUGGAAAGACCACCAGGAUCCCACAGUUCAUACUGGAGAAAUUCAUAACUGAUAACCGAGGAGCCCACUGUAACAUUCUGGUAACUCAGCCCCGGAGGAUCAGUGCUGUGUCAGUGGGGCAAAGGGUAGCCUAUGAAAUGGGACCAGCCCUCAAGAAAAACGUGGGCUACCAGGUACGGUUGGAGAGCAUGUUGCCUCCACGAGGAGGGGCAUUGCUGUUCUGUACUGUUGGUAUUCUCUUGAAGAAGCUGCAAGGGAAUCCCUCACUAGAAGGUAUUAGUCACGUCAUUGUGGAUGAAGUCCAUGAGCGUGAUGUCAACACCGAUUUCCUGCUCAUCUUGCUGAAGAAUGUAAUGGAUGCUAACCCCAAGCUGAAGAUCAUCCUGAUGAGUGCCACCAGUGACAUUGAGCGGAUAUCAGAUUACUAUGGGAAUUGCCCUGUAGUGACUGUGCCAGGGUUCAUGUACCCUGUGAAGGAUUAUUAUCUAGAAGAUAUCCUACCAAUGCUUGGACAAAAGGAAACAAUUCAACUCAGUCAAGAUGAGGAAGAUCCUGUUCCUGAUCUUGACUUGGUCACCGACACAAUUCUGCAUAUUGACAAGCAUGGUGAACCUGGGGGAAUUUUGUGUUUCUUGCCAGGCUGGCAGGAGAUCAGAGGGGUCCAACAGCGACUUGAAGAACAUCUUUCCACCAGAAAAGAAAACUGCAUCAUUUUACCUGUUCACUCCAACAUUCCUGUAAUGGAUCAGCAAGAGAUUUUCCAGCAACCACCUCCAAUGAUGAGGAAAAUAGUGUUGGCAACAAACAUUGCAGAAACCUCAAUAACUAUUGAUGAUAUUGUACAUGUCAUUGACACAGGAUGUCACAAAGAGCAACGCUAUGAUUUGAGGACAAAGGUUUCAUGUCUGAACACUGUUUGGAUUUCCAAGUCGAAUGUGAAGCAACGACGUGGACGGGCUGGCCGCUGUCAGCCGGGUAACUCCUACCACUUGUUCAGCAGGGAGAGGUUGGAGAAAAUGGUUGAUUUCCAGAUCCCAGAAAUCUUGCGCACUCCUCUGGAGAACAUUGUGGUCCAGUCCAAGAUCCAUAUUCCUGACAUUACAGCUUCAGAUUUUCUUUCAAAAGCAAUGGACAGUCCAAACCCUAAGGCAGUGAAUGAGGCUGUGCAAAUAUUACAGGAGAUAGGAGUACUGGAUGAAAAUGAGUCUCUUACCUUACUUGGCCAGCGUCUGGCCCACAUCUCCACUGACCCACGCUUGGCAAAAGCCAUUAUCAUGGCCUGCAUAUUCCGUUGUCUUUCCCCUGUUCUGAUGGUUGUUGCUUGUCUGACUCGAGAUCCCUUUGUGAACAGCUUGCUGAACAGGGCUGAGGUUAUGAAGGCUAAAGCAUGUCUAAGUGGGGAGAGCCGAAGUGAUCACAUGGCAUUUAUUAAAGCCAUUGAAGGCUGGAAGAAAGUAUUGCAAGAACGGGAUGCAGAUUCCAGAAAAGAGUAUCUGGAAGAGAAUAUGCUGUAUGCUCCCAGUCUCCGGUUCAUUCACGGAUUGAUGCUACAAUUCUCUGAAAAUGUUUACAAUGCUUUCCUGGUGUCUGAUCCAUCAGUCUGCACACGUUCCUCCUCCUUGUGUAACCAGUACAGUGAGGAGGAAGAGCUAAUUAAGGGGGUCCUGUUGGCUGGUCUGUACCCCAACCUCAUCCAGCUGAGGCAUGGGAAAGUCACCAGAGAGGGGAAAUUCAAACCCAACAGCGUGGUCUGCCAGACUAAGACUGGCCAGGUAUUACUGCACAGAUCCUCUGUCAACAGGAAUGAGGAAUCAUUUAAGAGCCGCUGGAUGACCUACUUCACAGCUGUGAAAUCCAAUGGAAGUGUCUUUGUUCGUGACUCCUCCAUGAUCCAUCCAGUCGCUUUGCUCUUACUCCCAGAUUGUGAUAUCCGUGUCAAGGAGGAUGGUAACUCUAUGCUGCUCACCCUGGCUGACUCCAGUCUCCUCCGGCUUGAACUGGACUCUGAUACUGCACAUCUGCUCUACAGAUUCCGCAUAGCAGUACACAACAUGAUAGAAACCUGCUUGUGCCACGAACUGCCAGAACUUCCGUCCAACUUGCGUAUAGAGCAUGAUGCGGUGUUGUCAUUACUCGUAGAGCUCUUGAACUGCUGGCCAUCAGAAUGAAUGGUUCACUUGGAAAAUGGGAGGUUGACAGGCAUCUGAGCAUAUAUAUUAUUCUGUAUCAGAAUUGCUUCGUGCAUUGUACAAAAAUAGCUGAUGUGUUUAAUAUUUGUGGAGCUCAAAUGCACUCACCUCUUCAACAUUUCUUUGAAGUAAUGGACUGAACAGUCAGUGAUUUCAUAAUUUAUAGCUGUUGUACAGAAUAAAUUAUACAUAAAACUAAUCAGAAAAUUUUCUCAAGAAUCAUGAAAAUUUGGAGAAUGUUUUUGUACAGGCAGUAGUGCCUGAUUGCCAUGAUUUACAUUUAAAUUUUAUGUAGUCAACUUUUGUACUUGUCAUUAUUUUUGCCCUGCUCCACCUUUAUUUCUAAGUUUGUAGCCUCUUGAUCUCUUCACAAUUAGUUUAUCUUUUUCAUCAACAAAUUUAACAACCAAAAUUGAUCUGAAGGCAAAGGUUUAUGAAUUAAAAACUGAGGACCCAGCAUCACGCAUUGGGACACAUCACACCAACUAGAGAAUCCUACUCCACUUUUCCAUUUAUCCAGCCAAUAUUCUUCCCAUAGCAGUAUGUUACCUAUGAAAGGGAAAACUUCUAUUUUCCACAUUAACCUUUGAUACAGCAUCUUAUAAAAUGCCUUAGUGGAUCCACCUUUUAUGUACAGCUCCAAUGACCAAGUCAAAUAUCACUUUCCUUUCCUAAAACCAUGUUGAUUAUCUUCAUUUACUCAUCAAUUUGAAUACAAGUUAAUAUUUUCCCCAGUAGUUUCCAUCUUUCUGGCUCAAUCCCAUCUUAUUUAUGCAUCAUUCUUUUUACGUGCACCAGAAGAGAAAUGGAUCUAGACAAUUUUUUUGUGUAUUGAAAUAUUUUCUUAAAAUUCAAUCCUUCCAUUUCACCUUCUCCCAAGACAAGAACAUGAAGAGCUGAACUGCUAAAAAAAACUCUUUACAACAUUAAAAGGCAACAUGCAAAAUUUCCCAUGAUACUUUAUUUAUGCACAGUUAUGCUUCUGUAGAGACUCAGUCAAGAAUCUGGUUUUAGGAUUGGAUACCAAAAGUUUUAUAGAACAUUGUAUUUGGAGACAGCCAGGGGAUUUUUAGGCUAGGGCAGCAGAUGGUCUAAAAGCACAUUUACCACCGACAAGAUGAGGAAAUUAAGUAAUGAAUAAAAGAUCAAGGGUGGAAACAAGAAUAAAGUUAACUUCAACACCAGAAUGUUCUCUUUUCAUGCUAAUAACCCAGGUGAACAUAUGGUGCAAACAUUUAUUCAAAGGCAAAAUACUGUUAAUCUCACGAAGGCCCUUAGACUCAUUAAUGUCCCAUAGCAGCAUUCCCAAUAGCUCUGUUCCCCCUUUCCUUUUGUCUCUGUAUCACUGCAACUGUUUGCUCACACAAAUGCACAUAAAUUUCUCUUGAUUCUUUCAGCCAAUAACCUGCACUUAAAAUGUCUACUGUAAAUUAGCUCUAACAGCAAGUCUGAGAUGUUGGGGGAAAAUCGAUAUGCUCAUGGGGAGAACAUGUAAGCUGUGCAGAUAGCAUCCAGAUCCCUGAAGCUGAGAUACAAAAGCACUAGCUAUUGCACAACCCAGACUGGAAAUCUGAAACACUGAAUGCUUGUUUGUCGGGACACAGCAGAGACCAGCAGCCGGCUUGAUAG